CAGCUCCCAAAAGGUUGUGGCCCAGGUUUGAAGAGGUGCAUUCCUAAGGAAUCACUAUGGAGCCUGAGGAGUACAGACAGAGAGGGAAAGAGAUGGUGGAUUACAUUUGCCAGUACCUGAGCAAUGUGAGAGAGAGACGGGUGACUCCUGAUGUACAGCCAGGUUACAUGAGAGCCCAGCUGCCAGACUCUGCCCCAAUGGACCCAGACAGCUGGGACAACAUCUUUGGAGAUAUAGAGAAGAUUAUUAUGCCAGGGGUAGUCCAUUGGCAAAGUCCACACAUGCAUGCCUACUUCCCAGCUCUAACUUCCUGGCCUUCACUCCUUGGAGAUAUGUUGGCUGAUGCAAUUAACUGCUUGGGAUUCACAUGGGCCUCCAGCCCAGCCUGUACAGAACUGGAAAUGAAUGUGAUGGAUUGGUUGGCUAAAAUGCUGGGCCUUCCAGAUAAAUUCCUGCACCACCAUCCCGACAGUGUGGGUGGAGGAGUACUACAGAGCACUGUGAGUGAAUCAACCUUGGUUGCACUGCUGGCGGCAAGGAAGAACAAAAUUCUGGAGCUGAAGGUUUCUGAGCCGGACACUGAUGAGUCCUUGCUCAAUUCUCGCCUCGUCGCUUACGCUUCUGAUCAAGCACAUUCCUCUGUAGAAAAGGCUGGCUUGAUUUCUCUUGUGAAGAUAAAAUUUCUGCCUGUGGAUGAGAACUUUUCCCUCAGAGGUGAAACUUUGAAGAAAGCCAUUGCAGAAGACAGAAAGAAAGGCCUAGUGCCAGUCUUUGUUUGUGCAACUUUGGGAACAACUGGUGUCUGUGCUUUUGACAAUCUCUCAGAACUGGGUCCAGUUUGUGAUUCUGAGGGACUCUGGCUUCAUAUUGAUGCUGCAUAUGCAGGAACAGCAUUUGUAUGUCCUGAAUUUCGGUUGUUUUUGGAUGGAAUUGAAUAUGCAGAUUCCUUUACUUUUAAUCCUUCUAAGUGGAUGAUGGUCCAUUUUGACUGCACUGGAUUUUGGGUUAAAGAUAAACACAAGUUGCAUCAAACCUUCAGUGUUAACCCUGUCUACCUCAGACAUGCCAAUUCAGGAGCUGCAAUUGACUUCAUGCACUGGCAAAUUCCACUGAGUCGCCGAUUUCGUUCUCUGAAGCUGUGGUUUGUGCUUCGUUCCUUUGGGGUGAAAAAGCUUCAGGCUCAUGUCAGACAGGGUACUGAAACAGCCAAAUUCUUUGAAUCCUUGGUUAAAAGUGACCCACUCUUUGAAAUUCCUGCCAAGAGACAUCUUGGGCUGGUUGUAUUUCGCCUAAAGGGUCCCAACUGGCUGACAGAAAAACUCCUGAAAGAGCUGAGCAGUUCUGGCAGGCUCUUCCUCAUUCCAGCAACCAUCCAUGACAAGUUCAUCAUUCGCUUCACUGUGACAUCUCAGUUCACAACCAGGGAAGAUAUUCUGCAGGAUUGGAGCAUCAUUCAACACACUGCAGCCCAAAUCAUCAGCCAGAGUUAUGGGUUGCACUGCAUCAAUUCUGGUGAUGGGGCAGGAAUCCCCACUACAAUAGUUCAGCCUACUUCUGAUGCCAUUAGCAAUGUUCCUCAGCUUUACUUAGAUGGAGGGAAAUACAAAACACCUUCCAGAAAAACAGUAGUACAGCCUAAGAAAUUAUCAGUAAGUGCCAGUAAGUGUGGGAUUAGUCAACAGGUGAAAGGUCAAGAGGAUCCUCUGGAUGACUGUUUUCCAGAAGAUGUCCAAAAUGUUACCAAACAUAAGUUAACCUCUUUUUUAUUCAGUUAUUUAUCUGUACAAGGCAAGAAAAAGACAGCACGUUCCCUUAGCUGCACCAGUGUGCCAGUGACUGGUAAUCUGGAGCAAUGUAACCCCAAAGCAGCAGCCACUGACAAGAAGGAGUCUUGUGCAAAUGCCAGAGUUCUUUCCAGGCUGCCUGAAGACAUGAUGAUGUUCAAAAAAGGUGCCUUCAAAAAACUAAUUAAAUUCUACAGUGUCCCAAGUUUCCCAGAGUGUAGCAUUCAGUGUGGCCUUCAGCUGCCUUGUUGCCCUCUGCAGGCCAUUGUUUAA